CAAAUUCUCGCUGCUUUCCUACAUAUAAACAGAUACUGCAUGACAACAACGUCGACAAAAAACCUUUUCCGCGAACAUGAGUGUGUCUAUAUUCCCACGCAUAACUAUGGGAAAGAUCAUGGAUGAAACGUGCGCCAGGAUUCCUCUUUUACGCCAUCAACUGAUUGUGAGUGAUCGGAACAACACAGACAUAUAUGUUUUCUAUCUGUCCCUGGCGACGCCUUGGACAUUUCGCUCUUGAAAACCAGCAAUGUUAUCUUUAUGCGUUAUGUCCAGCAGCCUCUCUUCCUGGACACGUCUGAGGGCCUCUGCAUCGGGGAUACAGCCUUUUUCUAUGGAGUGCCACACUCUCUAUCCACCAUUUUCGACACACAUUGCGCUAUUAUCCCACACGUCCGCAAGAAGUGUGACAAUCAAGCUUCUCUACGUUGUGCUACGUGCAAACAGACUUUCCACUGCUCGCGGGAAUGCCAGAUUAACAACUGGCCGGACCAUAGAUUUAUGUGUCGCAUAUUGAUCCUGGUUGGCCCUGUCACAACUCUGGACCACACUCGAUUUACAGAUUAUGUGCCCUUCAACUAAGUAGCUUCAGUAAAGAAGUUUGUUCUGAAAUAAAAGACCUUAUGAAAAAGUGAGGGA